UAUACAGCGGGGUGGUCGCUCUUCCCGGACAAACGGCGACGACCCUCGCUCGUCGCCGCUCGUUCCCGCGCGCGAUUUCGAGAGGAGCAACCCGGACGGCGGCGUCGUUGAUCGCUGCUACUUGCGGCCGGCGAACGAACAGUCCUCGUCCGUCGACCGUGCCGAAUUCCCCGCGAGUUCCGUCAUGUCCCGGUGAACGCCGACAGGCUCGGACAAGAUAACGCGGAAUUCUCUGCGACUGAAGAUUCGAGAAACGUGCCCGGCGAAACCGCCGGGAUCCGAACCGACCGGGACACCGUUAUGGAAUCGCCUCUGGAUGUUGCAGGUGCAUCUGCCAUAAUGAUGCGACCGGCCACGCGCCAGAGGAUCAGCAGCACCGGAAGAGCGACCUGAACGCUGUCGAGGAUCGAUCCGCUUGCUUAUCAUCUCCCGGAGCCCAAAAAUCUUCGUCGGCGCGACCAAUACGCGGGAGAAAGAGGAAUGAUCCCUUGGGCCUUUGGCGUGCUUCUCAUCCUCAUUUCUGCAGUGGGUCUUCUUCUUAACGGUUGCGUUCUCCUCGUGGUCCUCGGCCUCAGCAAACAGACGCAGCAGCAACAAACCGCCAAUACUUUGUUGCUGACACACUUGGGCGCGGUGGAGGCGGCCGUGUGUCUGAUAUUACUGAUCUUUACUACUGGUUCUUGGCCCAUGGUCGGCACCUGGUGCGUUCUCCACGGUUUCCUUUUAACUGUCCUGCAUCCGGUCGCCCUCUGGACCGUCACCGGAUUGAACUGCGACAGGUAUUACGCGAUUGCGGCGCCAUUGCAUUACGCUGCACUGGUGUCACCGCGACGCGUUGCAGUCGGCCUGGUUGCAUCCUGGACGGGGACUUUGGUUUUGUGCACGCUGCCCUUUUGGGGACUCGUCCCACCAUACAGAUACAGUCCAGAUUUGGGCUGCUGCGCCCCGGAUUUCGGUAACGACAAGUGGGGCCUGGCAGCGGCGCUUUACGGGGCGGUUUACGCGAUCCUGGGGCUGGCGCUGCCAGCCGUGCUCGUCACCGUCUGCAAUUUGCGUGUGCUCGGCAUAGCGCGCUACCACCGGCACCGCAUCGCCAGCGCGAUUUACGAAGUCACCUUGAGCGCCCAGGUGACCAUCACGCAUCAACGGAAUCCGUUUUUCGUACCGACUGUCACUGCGCCGUCCGCCGUCAGCCCGCCACGCUUCCACAGCGCGGCCAGCACGGUGAUGCAACUGGUUGGUUCUCUGUAUAUACUUUAUUUCCCUUAUUGCGGCCUGAUCCUUUGGGAGGUCUGCGGCGUCGGCAAUCAACUGCACCUCCACGAUCACCCGAAGCUAGCCUCGCUGGCCUCUCUUCUGCUCGCCUGUUCUCCACCCAUCAACAGUCUCCUUUACGGCCUGAAAUCACAGACCCUUAGACGAUCUGUGCAGAACUAUUGGCGGAAGAAGGCGACCAAGUCGGAGCUCCAACAAGAAAUUCAGGCGAGAACGCCGAGCGCGGCAGGAUCACGAAGACCGUCCGGAAGUGGAACUGGUUCAUUUUUCCCGUUCCCGCCAUUACAACGCAGACUGAGCGAGGCGUUGCUGGCGUUGGGCUCCUGCCGGACCGGGAACAAUUUCGACAGCAAUAAUCUCGGCUUUCAUCGGACUAGGCUGCAACCCGCUGCUUCGUGCAACACGCUACGUGUUCCAACUUCCGAAUCAGGUGAAAGCAGCAAGCUCGUGAGGUCGAGCGCAAGUGCAGCCAGCUUGAUGGGUCCUCAUUACCGAAGCGACUUCAUCGGGGCGGACGUGAGCGCUGGCUGCUCUAUAGCAAUGAACGAGACGCCAAGAAGAAGCCCGAGGAUCCUCAUAACGCGGGCCUGCAGCGAAGAAAGUCAAGACGGAGGAAGCCCGUUAUUGAGGAAACCCUUCAUUUCGAAUGCUCUGCCGUGCGACAAGCGGAGAUGGAGGCACUGCAGCACCGGAAGUGACAGCAGUACAGGGAGCAGCGAAGCGAGCGUAUGGACGACGGGCGUCGCGCAGAAGUUCGCCAAGGCUAACGUAAAAAAUUCAUCGGACAUCUGGCCAUCGUCGCGGAGAUUCGGUCGCGCUAAGAAUUUCGAGGAAGGGGCACUUUUGGUCGGGAUCCGACCGAGCAAUAACAGCGAGAGCAGCGAUACCACGGACACGACGGUCACCACUACCACCAUGACGAUACCGGCGAAAGCCGGAACGAUGGAGAACGGCGGCUGUCGGGAGCGAGAAAAAGAGGACGGAUCGGAGGACGCGAAGGGGGACAGGGACCGCAGCGAGAGCGGCAAUAGCUGGAGCAGCGUCGACGACAUCGACCCGAAGGAAAUGGUGGACAAAAGUACGGAGGAGGAUAAUCACGGGAGGAUCGAGGGUGAGGCAGAGGGGCAGAGGUGCAAGCAAUUAAGGCGGAAAUCGAAAACGAUUCGCAAGCCGGACGUUCCUCAGGAUUGCAAAGAGAUCGCUCAACGCAGGCCCCUCCUAGCCUCGUCCUCUUAAAGUCCGAUCGAUCGGCGCGCUGACACGUGUAGCGGUUCGGUUCGGUUCAGUUCGGUUCGGUCCGAUCACAGUUUUCUGUUCCCCUUCUGAUUUAUCACUGAACGUGCACGGGAUUUCGGUUGUACGGAGACGCGGACCGAAAGAGGACGCGCGAUCGUAUUCGAGUGCCGCACAGUCCGGGAGGAACUAACUUAUUUUUUUAAAAAAAACGGAGAAACAACAAGCGAGAUCCGUUGUUCACCGAACAAUGUCCGUCGUACGAAUUCGCAAAGGAAACGAGAGCGUCCCGACGCGUCCCCUUUUAUGCUCGAUAUCGCUUACAAUAUAUCGACAUAUCCUGAAAUUAUAUUUUUAUACUUCCACUUCAGCCAGAGGAGAGCAGCACGAGCGUGAUUGUUGCCCGACGAGACGGUCCUGCGACCCCCGCCCCGUUCCCGUGAUCGACGUAUUCGGGACGGCUGUGAAUUUAUUGACCAACAGUUUUUCGAUCAGUGAGAAUCGGUUCUCUCCGUUUUUAAUCCACGCAUUACUGUCCGGAUACCUGAUAUUAGAGUUCGUAGAACGAGUUUGAAGAGUAAUUCUUUGUGAUAGUGUUCGACAGAAAUGAAAGAUGAUAAAUGGAAAAUGAAAAAUGGAAAAUAAAAAACGAGGAAAGAAAGAUGAAAAAUUGCAGUUGCAGCUUUGUUCUCAAGCAUUCGCGAUUGAAACCUACCAAUGGAUACAAUGGAAAUGGUUUUUCUAGCACUGUAAAAGGAACAUUUUAUUUAUUGUUGGUAAAUUUAUUUUAUACUCUUUGUUUAAACUGAUACUGAUAUUUCUUGAGGAAUUAUACAACAUUCUUAUGAUAGUAUCGCUUCGAAACACUAUUCCGUGUAUGACGGACUGUAAUGCGUUAAUCAGUACCAGGUUUCGACAGAUCGUGCCGAGUACGAGGCUCUUUCCCAAUAAUUAUAGAAGAAUGUGCAACCUGUGGCGCC